AUGGCUCGUCGAUUGUCUGCCAUGACCGAGGAAGCUAUGCUUGAAGGUGGUCGAUCCGCACGCAAGAAUCUGGAAUCCGCCGGGUUCUCGGAGGAGUUGAAGAAACAGCUGGAGGAGCGGGUGGCGGCUGCGGCAUUUCAGAGCCAGUAUGCGAGUGCGCAUUCGAUUGUCGAUAUGCCGGCUAGCGCAGGACAGGGUACACGAGACAUCGCCGGCGCAGAGCCUUGGACCGGCAAGGAGAACCUCCACGAUGUCACGCUACGCAUGCUGGACAGUUCGAUCAAACCGAUACGCACACCCUUCAAGAUACCCAACCCCGUCGACAUGCGCAUCAAGGCCAAACCCAACGAAUCGGCCGGCGUGCGACUCGCCCGAGCGAAAGAGCGCACCGCAACAUACACUCAGGCGCAAGGCUCGGGACCCUCAGACAAAGAGCGGGAGGCGAUGCGCCGCGAAAUGAGGGAGCGGUUCUCGCCCGGAGCGCGGCCGAUGCCGGCCACCCUGCAGGGGCUGACGGCGUUGGCGAAUGAGCGCAUUGAGGAUGCGAUAGCGCGCGGGCAGUUCGAUAAGAUCAAGAGGGGCAAGGGAGUGAAUGUUACAACGGACCAUAAUGCGAACAGUCCGUUCAUCGACACGACCGAGUACUUCAUGAACAAGAUCAUCCAGAAGCAGGAGAUCGUGCCGCCCUGGAUUGAGAAGCAGCAGGAUCUGGCGAGGGAGGUGGAUCGGUUUCGGUCCCGGCUGAGAGCGGAGUGGCGACGGCACGCUGCACGGCUCAUUGCCAGCGAGGGAGGGUCGCUUGAGGCGCAAAUGCGUCGGGCGCGUGCGUAUGCUGCGGCAGAGGCUCGGUUGGUUGAAAAAGCCAAGAUUGAGCAAGCCCUCAGAGACUCUAGCAGCAGUGGAGAAGAGCGGGCCUCUUCUGUGUCGACUGCCACCGAAGCUGAAGCAGCAGCGGGCGAGACGCUGCAGGAGGAAUCCUUACCGCAUGUUUCGCCUCUUCGCGAUCCGCAGUAUCUCAACACCGAGCGCUCGUUCCUGGAACUUAUGGUCAAGAAUUUGAAUGCGCAGACGCGGUCUUACAACCUGAUGGCACCGCCAGUGGCGCAAAAGCCUUACCUCAAUCUUGAGCGGGAGCUCAAUGCAUGUUACACUGAUGUAGCGCCUGAUCUGGCUGAGGAGAUCAAACGACGCGCGACUGAGCGAGCUCGAGGGCCCGCCACAGAAGGACCCAAAGCUGCUGGCAUUCUCGAGUCUCUCAGUACCUCUCAGACCGUGCGGGUGUACGAAGAGGAUCACUCAAAGGGCUAUGGAUUGAAGCAAUUCUGGCGGGAUUUGUUUGCUAAGAAAGCGUAA